UCCGGGCUGCCGCGGCCAGGGAGCGGUGGUCGGGAGCUCCCGGUUCUGCUUCUUGGCUGCUAUAGUCCUGUGCUCAACACCCUCAGGAAUCCAGAGAGGAGAGAGCUUGGGCAGCUGUGCCCUGAUGUCAACAUGCCAAAUGUAAUACCCACAUUUCCAUUUCUGUGCCUGAUAAAGUUUUGAUUCAUCAUGGAUAAUCUGACAUCAGAAGAAAUUCAGCUGAAGGCUCACCAGGUUACUGAUGAGUCUCUGGAAAGUACAAGGAGAAUCCUGGGUUUAGCCAUUGAGUCUCAGGAUGCAGGAAUCAAGACCAUCACUAUGCUGGAUGAACAAGGGGAACAACUAAACCGCAUAGAAGAAGGCAUGGACCAGAUAAAUAAAGACAUGAGAGAGGCAGAGAAGACCUUAACAGAACUCAACAAGUGCUGUGGCCUUUGUGUCUGCCCAUGUAAUAGGACGAAGAACUUUGAGUCUAGUAAGGCCUACAAGACAACAUGGGGAGAUGGUGGAGACAAGUCGCCUGGCAACGUGGUGUCUAAGCAGCCAGGCCGGGUAACAAAUGGUCAGCCUCAGCAAGCAAGCACUGGGGCAGCCAGCGGUGGAUACAUUAAACGUAUCACUAAUGAUGCCAGAGAAGAUGAAAUGGAAGAGAACCUGACUCAAGUGGGCAGUAUCCUGGGAAAUCUAAAGAACAUGGCCCUGGACAUGGGAAAUGAGAUUGAAGCUCAAAAUCGACAAAUAGACCGGAUUACAGAAAAGGCUGACACCAACAAAGAUCGUAUUGACAUUGCCAAUGCCAGAGCAAAGAAACUCAUUAACAGCUAAAGCUACUGCUGUACUUCUUUAUCGUCUAUUCACUUCUCUAGCUCCUCCUCCCAAGUCAUUAGCUUUUCUGAGUUUGACACUUUGGUUCUGUGCUCUUCUGAUGGGGAGACAAUGUGGAAGAAGGGCCAGAGCAAUCGCAGCCCCUGCGUUUUCACUUUCUGUCUCUCGUGAGGGCAGACAGCUGCUCAGCCCCAGGGCUUGCUCAGUUCAUUCUUAGAUCCAUCUUCACACAUGGCACACAGUGUGUUCAUCCUUCUCAUUUACUUUAACAGAUUCUCUUGCCUUCACGGUCUGGAAGCAUUGCCAAAGUGGCAUGAAGAAGGCAGCUGUAGAGGUUGUUUUGUUUUGAUUGGUUAGUUUUGCUUUUGUUUUUGUGGUGAAGAAGGGAUAGAGGUUGUUACCUCAGUAAGCACCUGCGGCCAUUAAGCAAAAAGUUGCAUAGCCACGGUAAAGAUCUAGUUGGGUUUAAGUUUUAAUUUUAAGUUGCAGUAAUUGCCAGUUUAAGCUAAUAUUUGGCUUUGGAGCUCUUUUUCACAAUAUUUUUGUCAUAUAUACAAGUAAAAUUGCUGCUCCAAAGAGAAUAGAAUGGGUUUUCUUAAAAUGAGCUUAACUUCUGAAACUUUAAAUGAUUCUCUUAUGUACAUAGAUUUUGUGAUCCCAUUCGUAUUGUACCAUUCAGGAACACUUUGUAUAAAUGAAUGACUUUUUAUUUUCAUAUUAGUAGUAGUAUCAUGGUCCCAUUCUAGGCUUAUUAACCUCAUAAAUUUGUCAGUCUUUGAGGAAAAAAUAUGUAAAUAUAUGCAUCGUGAGAAUUUCUCUCGUAAAGCAGGGUUUAAGUUUUUUUGGAACAGUUUGACAGGUAUAUCACGUGAAUUUAAAUUUACCUCAAUGCCAAGAAUUAUGUUUAGAUAGGGAAAAGGAAACUUACUUUGAUCUCAGGUAGAAAAUAGAUGGCUAUGAGUUUUAGGUAGUUUUAGACUUUAAAAAGUUUAGAAUUUAUUGUUUUACUAAAAGUCAUUUGGAAAAUUAUACCCAUGGUUAAUUGUUGGUGACUGACUGUCAGUCUCUUAACCUUGUGUAUUGAACUCUGCCCAAAGUCAAGCGUUUACACACCCUGAACAGUGUUCUGAGAAUCUGACUGGCGUGUGUCACCUUCAUUUAAAAAUUAGCAUCUGCACUCUUCACAGCUUUCAGUGUGGAUUGGUUUAACCAAUAACCACUGCUUGAUCCUUAUAAUUAAAUUGUGUCACUAA